CGGGCUUUACUCCUUUGAACUCCCAACGCGAAGUCUCUACAUAGGAAGCGACAGCGAAGAGCUACGGAAGGGGAGCAUACACUUCCUGUUUUUACCGGAAGUUUUGCCAGUCUAGGACUUCGGCCAGUGGCUCUAUGGCUUACCCGCUCCCGAAAACGCGCCUGAGGCCUGGAAGCGGAGCUGGUGCCCGCUCGCUUCCCCGUCGGGCCAUGUAACUGACUCUGUCGCCAUGGAGCCUCCCGACUCGAGGUAGUUGCCGCCGCUUGCGCCUCGCGGGGACCCGUAGCGAGCGCGGGUGGGGCGGGGGAGGGCGGCGGUUGGGUGCGAGGGUGGAGCUACCAGUCUGGACCUGAGAGUUCUCCUUCUGGUCUGCAUUAAAGUGGCACUGUGACGUCGGCGCCGCAUCACGUCGCGACCUCACCGCGACUGUUGACGUCACAUUUCACCACCACCACCACCAAACUUUGAAUUCUGAGAUGCUUUUUCUAAAAAAAAAGAAAAUAAAAGAGCCCUUCAAAUAUUCUGAAUUUGUUUUGAAAACGUAUUUAUUUUUUACUAAAUUUAUACUGAUGCAUUUAGUUACUUUAGUUGUUUUUUUUAAGUGACCAAUUGUAUAAAUAAAUAAAUGCAAUAAAAGUAAUAAUUAUAUUUAUUAUUAGAAGGCGCUCAUGGAGGCAUGCAUGCUUGACUCCAUUUUAUCUUCACAACAACCCAGUGAGAUAGUUUAGGCAAGAGAGAUUGUCAACAGUCCAAAGUCACACCUUGUGGCUUCGCUUUCAACCUUGCUAUCCCAGGUCCCAAUCCAACACUAACCACUACACCACACUAAGACAUGGCGAAGAUUCCAUCCUGGUUGCUUCUACUUCAGCAACAAAAGAAACUUAGCUUUCAGUUGAAAUUUAGAAGUGCGGACAGGAUGAGGGAAGAAAUCAUGACAUCCUUGAGCAUGUCACUGUGGUCCAGAUUUCCAUGCAGCGGAUAAGCAUGCGUGUUCUUGCAGUCCUGACUCACGAAAGGGGCUGCCUCUGUUCUCGCACAACAGCCUGUGGCGUCCACAAGUAUGCUUCUUAUGCUAGCUUACAUCAAGGGCAUCUUGGUGGGGAUUCCCAUCCCCCCAUGCCCACGAGGUCUCCAAUUCAAAAAGUUGGAGCAGGAAGUUCAAACUGAAAUCAGUUCAGUAAAAGACUGGCUGGGCAGGAGCCAUGGUUUUUCAGAGGCUACCCACUGAACCCAAAAACCUUCUCACAUCUAUACGCAACACUUCCACUUAGCUUCACCUCCAGACAUCCUUUCCUUGUUGUUCUCUCCCUCCAGGGUCCUCCUUUUCCCUUCGGAGGAGACACAAGAGCCUCCCCUGCCAAGUGAAGUUUUAACCUCUGUGGUGCCAAAUCUAACCCCAAGACAUCAAGACCUCAUCCCUACCCCAUGUGGCCCUGUAAGUAUCUGAACCAAUUGAUUUCCUGUUAGUUUCAGUUGCAUUUAUCUUCUGCGUUUGUUGCAGUAAUGACAUAUCCCUCUUUGGUUUUAUCUGCUGCUUCUACCCCACCUCCUUUCUCUGUUUUCCAUGUGACUGUUUUUUAAAAAGUCACUUGGGGGCGGGGACCUAUCAAACCUCUGCUCUAAAAAAAGCUUCAUUUAGAUAAUAAAACCUGACAUACGUAAAUGUACAUCAUUCAGGAAACUUUGAUUAUUUUGAAAGCCUGAAAACAGAGCCUAUUGGUGAAAAGCACUAUGAAGUUUGCUUGAUGGGUUUGCUGCCCUGAGCUCCUUCAGGAGGAAGGGCAUGAUAUAGAUCAGGGGUCGGCAAGGCUUACCUUGCGUAGGCCAGUUCACUGCCGCUGAGCCCCCUCCAUGGGCUGGAUCGCGUGUGCGUGUGAGCGCGCACACCCAUGAUUUCUGGUGUCUGUGUCUGUGCAGACACAAUAUCUGGCGCUGCAAAAGUGAGUCCCCUGUGCCGGUUUAGUGCAGCACAGGGACUCGCUGAGUGGGCGGCUUGUGGGCCGGUAAAACGACCCCCAUGGGCCGCUUGUGGUCCAUGGGCCUUAGGUUGCCGACCCCUGAUAUAGAUAGAUAGAUUUAACGAAUGAAUGAAUAAAAACGGGGGGGGGGGCACUUUGUCAUUAACUACCAUCUCUCAGUCUCACCCAUUCCCCAACUCCCAACUUUUGUUUAUUUAACAAAAUUAUAUACCACUUACAGUCAUACCUCGGGUUACAGAUGCUUCAGGUUGCGCAUUUUCGGGUUGCGCACUGCACCAAACCCGGAAGUACCGGAACGGGUUACUUCCGGGUUUCGGCGCUCGCGCAUGCGCAAAAACACUACAUCGCGUUUUGCGCAUGUGCAGAAGACCAAAUCGCGACGUGCGCAGAAGCGGCGCUGCAAGUUGUGAACACGCCUCCCGCACGGAUCACAUUCGCAACCCGAGCAUCCACUGGAAUUGGCAGUUGGCACAAUAGAUUCAUUUAAAAAUAUUGAUAAAAGCAACCCUUAAAAACCAGUUGACAUAACGUUUAACAAGCUAUAAAGAAAACAAGCAGGUUGAAAAUAGAUAUACGUGUUAAAAUUACCUGCCUAGGUAGCCUUGCCUAAACAAAUAAGUUUUACUCAGGCACAGGAAACAAUACAGGGAAGGUCCCUGCCUGCUACGUAUGAGCAGGGAGUUCGAAAGAACACACCCUGCCAAAACAACACUGGGUUAUUUUGCAGGGCUGCUAUGAAACCAUGUGGGUUUUUUUACCUAGUUGCAAAGCUGCUUAGAGAACAUUUACAUGCCUUUCUGAUUGCAGAUCAAACCUUGGUCGGAGCUGUCCUCUCCGGUCAAGAUCUAUUUCUGCGUCACCAUCCUCUCCCUGUUGAGCGUCAUCGGAUUAACCAUAGAGAACCUCAUUCAGCAGAAGGAUGAAGACUUCACUGUCUCUCUCAUUCAGCUGAUCGGCGUCGGUAAGGAAGAGGGGACUCUACAGCAAAAUGCCCGUUUUAUGUUUUUGAUGGGUGGGAAGAAGGGCUAUAUUUUGCAGAGGCCUCAGGUGAGGGGUAGGGGAGGAAAUGUGUCUGUACAUGGAAGCACACAAACACAUACACACACAUGAUCCUUCUUAAUGGAGGUUGUGCCGGCCUGACAUUUAUAAGGCAGAUAGUCAAGAGUAGUGGAGGUCUGGUCCAUUGGGGUGAAUGGAGCUGCCUUCAGCCAGCCCCCAUUUGCCUGUCUUCUUAGAACCACUCCAGCUGGUAGCAUGGGCUGUCAGCUUCCUCCUCCUAAGUCUUGGUAUUAACCUUGUGGAACUGAGCAGGGAGGUGGAUUCAGGCUGAGUUAGAAUUCGCUCUCUGCCUGUCAUUGGCUUUGCUGCCAAAUACUGUUGGCCUCCCUGCCUUUCAGCCUACCAGUCCCAACGAACACAAGCCACCAUUGGUCAAGAGGUGCAUUUAGCAGAAUCUUAGCUUGUGGGGGGCUAAGCCCACUCAGUUCUGACCCCUAGACGAGAGAGAGGGAGGGAGGCUUUGCCCCACUCUCAACAAACGGAGGCUGGUUGCUUUGUCCUAUAUAAGGCAUGGGAACCAAUAACUUAUAUAGGAAUAUAUACAAAAAAUAUAAUCUAUUAAAAAAGAGAGCUCCUGGAUCAGAGCAAAGACCCCUCUAGAGGAAAAUCCAAUAGCUAACCAGAUACAUACCAGAAGCUGGCAAACAAGGCAGAAGGGAAGUAGCUCCCUCCUGCUGUUGCCUGAGCCACCAACUGAGAGUGUUGGACUGUGACCUGGGAGAACAGGGUUCGACUCCCCACUCAGUGCCUCUCAGCCUAACCUACCUCACAGGGUUGUUGUGAGGAUAAAAUGGGGAGAACCGUGUGCACCACCUUGAGCUCCUUGGAGGGUAAGGUGGCAUAUAAAUCUAAUAAAUAAAUAACUUCCUGACUCCUUCAACUGUGGAGAUAAUUUCUUCAAGAAAUGGCAUUAUUCAGGUGUGCAUGGAGCUGAACGGGACAAGCUACUUUAUACGCUAUUAAUCCUGCUUAUUAACGGUUAAUCCCACAGGAAAGAGCUGUAGAACACCUGCUUUGCAUGCAGAAAGUCCCAGGUUCAAUCUCUGGUAACUCCCUGCCAGAAACCCUGGAGAGUUGCUGCCAGUCAGUGUAGACAAUACUGAGCUAAAUGCACCAAGGGUCUGAUUCAGUAUAAGACAGCUCUCUAUGCUCCUUUUGCAUUCCUGCAACUGUUAUAUCGUUUCCUGUUCACAUCAGUGCCAUGGGAGAGAUCAUUCCCUUUCUGCAGGUGAAAAACUAAGGCCUAAGAAAAUAACCAUUGGUGCCCUUUGAGUCUCCACCCAAGCCCAAUCUCCCAGGACUUUGGACCUUUUCUGUUUUCUGACCUCCAUUGUCCUGGAACUGUGGGCAAUACUACACAUGGACUGUAGGUGGCGCCUCUAGCCCAACCAUUUCCCUGAUAGGAAUAGGAUUACCCCCCUCCCGCUUGCUACAUCCAAAUCCAGCUGUCGACCUUCAAAACCCUAGUAGAUAACCAUUCCAUUUUGAGUUUGGACAUGGUUGUGCAUGCUUGCACAUACAAAGCCAAAACCACACAAACAAUACAUAUCAGCAGGCUCAGGAUAACUUGGUGGUUUGCAGGACUACUUUUUUUUUUUUUAAAUAAAAAAAUGCCCCAAGGCACAGAAACCCCCCCAGAAUUGUCCAGUGAGUACUGAAUGGCUACAGAAUGCUGACCGACAGAGAAGAGAAAAAUUGACAACCAAGCGGAAUGGGGCACGGCGGCUGCAAAAGGAGACACAUAGAUAUAAAAAGGCUAGAGAGAACCAACUCGGCAUCUGAAAAGGUCGCUUCCUGGUUCACACCGUGAAGCUCUUUUUAAUGCCCCCCACCCACCCCAGACAGAGGUGAAACCUGCCCAUAGAAAUCAAAAGGAGGCAUUCAAGAUUGUCAUGUAGCUAGGCAUUUAUUAUUUUUUUUAAAAAAAGGAGGAAGGAGAAAGAAACCCCAAACAACCCACUGUGGAUUGUGCAUGCUCAGUGGGCAGCGGGAAAAAGAAAACUGGGAGGGGGAAUGGAACGCUGGGACAGAAGCACAUCACACUGCAACAUUUUAUCGCAGGCCCCCAGUUGGUGGAACCCAUGGGAGGUAUUAUAGGGGACUUCCUACUCUUUCUAAUUUUGCAUUAUGCCACCUCCCCACUCUCCAUGGCAGCCGUUUUGUGACUGGCACCCCUCUCUCAAAAUCCAAAAUGUGCCCCUUGGUCCAAAAAGUUUGGCAACCGCUGAUCUAGGGCCUUUUCCUGUCUCUGUACCAGAUGUGAGGAACCUUUGGCUCUCUAGAUGUUGCUGAACAACAACUCCCACCAUCUCUGCUUGUUGGCCACGCUAGUUGGGGGCUGCAGGGAGCUGUUGCUCAGCAACAUGAGGAGAGCCCAAAGCUGCCCACCCGUGCUUUGUACCACUGCGCCCCAUGGGCCCCUUUGAGCCAAGAACCACCUUGUGAUGCAAGCAGGGAGCUGCACAACACUACUGACGCUCCCCCUUUCCCCUGCCAACAGGUCCGCCACCUCCCUUUCUCCUCUCCUCCCUCGUGAACAUCAUCCUACCUGCCUCAUGUUCUCUAAUCAAACCAUGAAUCUGCCAUGAACCCUUGACAAGGUUCAUAUUUCACAGGCGCUGCCCUCCUGAGAUGUUUGGCAGUUGGAAUAUGAAUGCCGGCAGGUUCUGAUUGGUCAAAAACAUCAGGUGCUGUUUAGUAUUGGCAGAGAUUUUAGCAGGGCAGAGAAGAACGAGCCUGGCAGGGCCCAUUGAUAAUAAUAAUUAUUAUUAUUACAAAUUUAAAUGGUUAUAUUUGUAUCCUCCAAUAGCUUGUGGUGGAAUUCCCCAUUUCCCCAUAUAAACAUGUCCAUUGGAUAGAAUAUUGAGGGCCCAGCCUAGGACACCACUACCCCCAUUUUUUUUUAAACAAAGAGAGACAGUGGCACAGGGUUAGAACACUUCUUCCAGCCCAAGGGCCACAUUCCCUUAUGGGGAGCCUCCCGGGGGCCAGAUGUCAGUGGCAGGUGGGGCCAGAGCGAAAAGUGGGGCAGUGGGCUACACAAACAUCUCCAGGCAUGCAGGGUACCUUAUCACAGUUCAGUCACACUUUCUAGCGGGGCAAAAGCACACAGGGCCACAUUUGGCUGCCAGGCCCUGAGGUUCCUCACACCUCUGUUGCAACACAAAAGUGGAAUACCUGCUUUGAAUGCAAAAGGCGUUGGGUUCAGUCCAGUUGCAACGAUCGGGCAGUAGGUAAUGAAGAGGACCCUGAGAACUUGGAGAAAGGAAGAUACAAACAUAAGGCACGACCGGCGGCUGAGGCCAUUUGUGCUCCAACAACAAAUCUCCAUGUUCUCUGCUAAGAAAGGCUGGCUUCCCGAACCGAGAACAGUGAAGCCAGUUAAGAAACAUCUGCGCAAUUUUCCUCCCAUUUUGUACAGUUUCCAUGGCACGCUACCUUGCACAGUGUAUUUUUGACUGACAAAAAUAAGGAUAAAAAUUAAUUUCUGAUUUAGCUGAUCCUGAGGAUCGCGAAAGCAACGUGGUUCAGCAGCAGUUUUGGAGCACACCCGUGCAAUCAUGAGAACCAGAAAUCUGGCCCUAAAAAGAGAAAAAACCUAUUAAAAACCCAAGACAUUGAAAUUCUCAGUAAACUUAAGUUCAGUGAUUACCUUUGUGAGCUUUUUCUAUUUGCUAUGCGUCUAGAAGUCUGACUGGGACAGUAGAUAGCAUAGAUCACCUCAAAAAAUAAAAUACUAACAAUAUGGGCAGAGUAUAGCUGCACCCUAAGAGCAGGCAAUUGCCGUCAUGGGUACUGUAAAAUCAUAAAUAACCAUAAUGUUGGCUCUUGAUGCUACCCAGGCUGAAUGUUAAUUACAUUUCAAGAGAUUUGUUAUAAGCAAUAAUUAGAUUAGGACUGAUUUAAUUUUGGCUGUGGCCAUAGAAGGUAAACAUUUCUUGUUCUUAUCAACCGACAAGGUCUCAUUCCCCACCCCCGUCCUUGAACAAUUAUCUCCAAAAAUGGAGAGAUAAGAGCUUGAUAUAUAGAGAGGGUAUCUCCAGUUAUUAAGAACAAGAAAUCUUGGUUAGUGCUCUUCUCAUUUUCCCGAAUGGGCCUCAAAAAUCUCUUGCAGGUUUUCUGCACAUACUGUAAACAGGAUAAGACCAAGAUGAUGAUUUUUUGCAAACACAGUCCUAGGUAUAAAUGGUGUUUAAAUCACCAGGCUAUAGAACAAGCCCUCUUAUUUAGAUACCUGGAUUUACUCUUUAGUGAAACCCUCUCUUGGAAGUGCAUAUGGAGGCAUUGAAAGUCAAAGCACAAGAAACCGCUAGGGCGUUGAUGAAGUUCUGUUACAAUAAGGGAGGGCUGCCGAUUGAACCUGCCCUAAUGAUAUUUGGUUACUCAAAUGCUCUAUGGAGUCUAGGGCUCUGAUUCAAACUUCAUUAAAGUUAUGGAAACUGCAAAAUAUUCACCCCCUCCGAAAGCUAUGCUCUCUACCAUCAGAAAUAUCAGCAACUCUUCUUCGCACAGAAUCUGGGUGGCCAAUAAAGCGAGAGAGGACUGCACUCAGUUCAUGUAUAUUAAAAGAAUUGCUACUAAGCCAAUCAAGCAUUUCCCUGCGCUGUGCUAUAUGGAAUUGGGUGAUAACCAACUUGGUCCUUCUAUCUCAGUAUUGCCCACACUGGCUGGCAGUGGCUCUUCAGGGUCCCAGGCAGGGAGUCUACCCAUCCCUACAGAACCUGGGACCUGAACCUAAGGUCCCCUGCUGAGCUGGUCCUUUCCCAGUUUGCCAAGUCAGAUAUGUUUGCCUCCUACUCUGCCACCCUCAAAAUCCCUUGCCGCAUAGCAAGCUCGACUGCUCCCUACUCAUUGUGGAAAAGAAAAAAAGAGACAGAUAAGUCAGCCAAUCCCCCUCCCUCCACCUUUAGCAUUUGGAGAGCCCAGGGUUCGCCUUGCUCAGAAAUAUUCCUGCACAAAAACAUCUUACUUUCCUCCCUCUGUGUCUGCAACUGCCAGGCAGAUGCGUCUCGACAGAAUCCCAAUUGAUAGGAUCCCAUUUGUCAUCAGAUUUGGACACAGAAAUGUCUCAACAUGAAUGACACGAUCCAGAACCAUUACUGUUGUCUCCUGUUCAUUCCUGCCCACUCCCCACCUAGAAAAACCACACCUUUAAUUUUUCUAGGGUUCUCUGGAGAUAUUUGGGGUUGCAGCAGCCAAUGGCUCCUAAGGAAACUUCUACCCUGGAAAGAGGAAGACAGAGAGGGUCUGCUGCCAGUAUAACUUAGUUGAAUACAACCCAGUGCCUCUUUCAAGAUAGUGCUAGCUUUUUAAUGUGUUUUUAAAAGCUGUAAAAGUUGUAAAUCACUCAUGAGGACUGCAGGCUUUUGAGAUUACCUCCCUUUUGCUCAGCCUCCACUCCCUGCCUUCAGAGCCAGGGAACAGCUCCUUACUUCACAAGAUAGUUGUUGGGAGGACAGGUGAGCCAAUUAAUGGAUGUUUCCUCUACCCUGGAGAUAAAAAAGCCUCAUCAAUCUAACCUAACUCUAAAUAUAUAUAUUUUUUAAAAAUGAAGAAAUGCCUUCUAGGUUGACGUCAACCUUCAGCUUCCCCUUUCAUCUUGGAAGGCACCUUUUUCUCUCCUGCGCAGAUGGCUGAUGGCGGGAUUUGUCUCUUUCCUCGACAGUCUUCUGCAUCUACUACGUGAGCCGGGGCAUCUUGCAAGAGAACCGCCAGGAGCUCAUCGUCUUCGUCCUCUCCGUCUCACUGGUCAUGCUGCGCUCAGUCGUCAACUUCAGCGUCCUGCCUGCCGAGCAGAAGCCCAAACUGCUCGUGAGUGGUCAGCGGUUGGGUCUUUGCCUUGAACCAAGGGCCUGGCGGGAGCUUCCUAGAUCGUGCAAGAUCACUCUGGGGCCUGUUGUCAGCCUAGUUCAGCCCAGGGUUGUGUGUGCUGUGAUGUUCCUGCAUCACCUUCUAACAAAUCUCUCUCUUUGCUGCACCCUGGUUUUAAGAAGAUGGCUGCCCCCCUUUUAGAAAGAUGCAUAACUGAUUUGGAACUGAGAAGGGAGAGCAGAAAUGUAAGCUGCCCGAAACCGGUACACUUCAGGCCCUUGCAGGUCACCUUUGAUGGAGGGAUAAACUUGCUCCCAAAGAGCUUAGACAUGGUGCAGGCUAGGAGAGGCAGCAGAGUACUUUAUGAUUCAGGAGAGGGGCAGGUCUGGACUUUCCCUCUGUUCAGAGCAGGCUCCAAUCUUUCGUCCGCGUGGAAUUUGAAUUCCUGCUUCUGUGCUGCUCAGAUUGCAUUGCUUAGGCCCCACCUGCACGGUACAUUUAAAGCGGCGUCACAGCACUUUGAACAGCUGUGGCUUCCGUCAAAAGACUCCUGCGAGCUGUUUGGAGAGACCCUAGUCCCCUCGCAGAACUACAGUUCCUGGGUGGGGGGCGUUUAAUAGCCAGUCCCUCUUCCCAGAGAACUCUGGGAAUUGUAGGUCUUUGAGGGGGAACAGGGAGAUCUCCUAAUAAUGCACAGCGCCCAUAACAAAUGACACUUCCCGUAAGUCUUUGGGGGAAGCCACGACUGUUUAAAGAGGCAUGGUGUUGCUUGAUAUGUGCGGUGCAGGUGAGACCUUACAUGUGGAGCAUCCUAGUGAAUUCUGCCAGCUUGCAUCCUUCCUCUUCAACCUCUUGCCAAGCCAUCAGCAGUAUUCACACUUCUCUCCGUUUUCUUAGUCAAACACGUUGAAUCUGGUGGAGGUUCUUCUGCUGCCGCAGGGGCGUGUGGUCCAUUCUGACGGUCUUGCUUCCAUUUUCCCUCUUAAGGCCCGCUUUGUCCUGAUCCUUUUAGUCGGUGCCUUCGACGUGAUCUGCGCCGUGGUCCUCAUUCAGACCGAAAGCAUGAUGGCCUUCCGGGUGGGCGGGGCCUUGGAGAGCCUCCAGGCCCAAUACUUCAUGCUCAACCUCUGCUUUUCCAUGCUGACCUUUGACCUCCAGGCUCAGGUAGGCCCAGGCCUCAGUCCAAACCACAGCCUGAAUCCCUUAGCCCGUCUGUUUCCCAACUAUGCCUCCUGCGUUUCUCUCAACUGCUUUUCUGCAAGGUACACGCAAGGCAACUCGUAUAAAAAUAAAAAGCCGAGGAAAUUGAGAGUUUGGUUAAACGUGUUUUUACAAAAAAGCAUGUAGCAUGGGUGUUGCAUCUUGCGUUUAACUCUGAGUAGGCCCACUGAAAUCAGUGGACCUCAGGCACCAGUUUUCUUAAAAUUGCAGAGCACUUCUGAAUGGUCACUUGGAGGGGCUGAACCCUGAAUAGCUGCAUUUUUGUUAAGUGUUCCUUCUAGUCUUGAUAGCUCCGUUGGCUAGAGCGUGGUGCUGAUAAGGCCAAGGUUGCAGGUUCGAUCCCCUUAUGGGACAACUGCAUAUUCCUGCAUUGCGGAGGAUUGGGCUAGAUGAAACUCAGGGUCCCUUUCAAUUCUACAAUUCUAUGAAAGACCCCAGCGCAGGUCAUGAAAUGGCCUGCCUUUCUGGAAAGUGAGUGAGUUACCCAACAGAACAGACCAUGAGCUGCAAAUGGUUACGGGGCACAGGAAGGGGACGUCUACAGCUGCUGUAACCUCUUAGACUUCUCUUUUUGCCUUCCAGCUUUGCUUGUGCGUUCUGCUGCUCACCUCUAUUCGGGAGAUCUCAGUUCUGCACAGCAUCUUCCUGGCGGUUGGGAUUCUCUGGGCUGGGCUGAAAGUUGUCUGUGGCAUCAUUGCUGUGAGUGCGCCUCCCCUCCCCCUCCUUGAUCAAAUGGGCAUUUCCUAGGGGUAAACCAGAGACAUUUCCUCUAAGAAAUGCUGGGCCCUGAUUUAUUUAUUUUUUAGAAAGAGCAGCAGUCUGUGCCAAAGCACUAACAUAAAUUGCAAAGUUCUGCAACUUGGCGUGAGCUAUGUGAAUUAUGCGUCUGGCCCUUCAGAUUCUAGCACGCUCUUCGCAAUCACGAGGGCUAGAAAGAAAAGAUAGUGACAGUUCUGUGAUGCUGGACUCUGCAUCCUGAAUCGGAUCCUGUUCCAUUUCUGAGGGAUCCACAGAGCCCUGGAUACUGUCUUGCCAGAUGCCAGAAUCUGUUGUUACAGCUAUAUGGGGAAAGGGGCUGUCUGUCCCGUCCCCUUUUGUGCUAGUUGGGCUCCAAGCAGGCUACGCUUGUGGUGCCUCUUCAGGCAGACACAGAUGUGGCUCGACUGCAUUUAGGCAAGGCCAAGGCCAGGUGAAAUUCCCUGAACCAAGCACUGCCUGAAAGGGAGCUUUUGCUUCAGUGACUUGCAAAAGCCUUCUGCAUCGUGGCCAGCCUAGUCUUGCAGCUCCAAGGAGCCACCUUUCCCCUUUUGAAGCAGGGACGGGGAACAUUUUUAAGCCCGAGGGCCGCAGUCCCUUCUGGGCAGCCUUCCGGGGGCUGCAUGCCAAUGGUGGGCGGGACCAGAGGCAAAAGGGGGGGCAACAGAGUUAAACAUUACCUUUGUGGAGUAGCUCAGGUCCCAAAAAGCCCGUACCCACUCUCUCUGCUCCAUAUAGACAAGAAAGAAGCAUGAUCAGAGUUCAGGGGCACAUUUCAGUCUGGCAGCACCACUCGGGGCCAGGGGAGAGUUCUGAGGGCCAGGUUGAGAGGGCUGGGGGCCACAUUCAACUCACAGACCGGAGGUCUCGCCCCCACUGCCUGAAAGUGCCAUUGCCUUGUUCAGCUGCUGGUGGUUUCUCCAGCAUGGGGGUGAGGGUUGGCUGGCUCUGAAGUGUCUGGGAUUGCCCACCUCUUGGCCUGGGAAGGAGGAGGAAGGCUCCUUGCUCUGAUUGCCUGCUAGUUUUACCAGUAGGGGAAGCAGGGUGGGGGGCUGCCCUAGCUCUGCCCCACAGCCUUUGAUGGGAUGCUUAUGAUAACUUUGAGAGGAAGCUAGAUGUACGUAUAGCUAAAGCAGACCCAGCCAAUGUAUGUGCAGCUAACUCAGUUCAUUUCUCCCCCCCCCCCCACCUGUUUCCCAGAUAUUAAAAGAGUUAAAACCUCUAGCCUGGAUUUUUCUGAGUCAGAAUUUGCCUGAGGUUGCUUAUCUCGCCUACCUGAUCUACACGGUAAGUCGUGCCAAGGGUUUUGUUGAUUUAAUGAGAAGGAAGGGCAGGGGGAAUUCUUCCAGUCCUCAAGAUGCUGAUUGCUAGUGCAAGCAAGUUAAGCCCCUGGCUUGGCUGCCUUCGUGUGGGCCCUUUUUCUGUAGGGGCUGUUCUGAAGGAAGGGCUGCGUGUUCCCAGAGUGCAGGCAACUGGCCGUCUCACCAUGUAAAGUUGGGUGGUUUUAACGCUUUAUUUUUAAGAAGGAAGGUUGCUAGCCCCUAUGGUUCCAGGUCUAGGCUGUGUGGACAAAUAUGCAAAAUCGAAGCAGCCGAUACCGACUAUCAACGUGAUCCAAACUCCUCUGGGACAAACCUGACAUUUCAGAUCUUGUAUCCAGCCAAGUCCUCCUCAGAGGAGACCCAUUGAACUGAAUAGGCCUAGGUUAGGCAUGAUUGUUAACUGCAGACAGCCUACCCUGAGUAAGGUGGGCAUUGGACCCAACUCCCGGUUUCUUCGUUAACAUUUCCUAUGUACCAGGAAACUGUGUUUUGUGCCUUAUCUUUAUGAGAAGGGAGAGGAGAGUGCACUAGCCGUUGGCUAAUUCCCAGGCACUUAAGCCACAGUAGGUCCCACAGGGCGGGGGGGGGGGGGAGUUGUGGGCUGCAUCUGACCCAUACAGGGUGUGAGGAGAAUCAGAACUUACAGGGUUAAACAGUUCUGUGUGACGUCUCACAUUCUGAGGCGUGGUUUGGUUCACAUACGGGAAUCUUUCUUUGUGUGUGAGUUUCCUUUUGUUUUUGGCUGAGAGGCGAGAGAAAUGCCUGCUCUCUCGCCAGGACAGAUUUAUGAUGUUUUCUUCUCAUUAAAGGCUGUUAGAGAUUAGCAAGAAGCCUGCGUUCAGUCUGAUUUAUUAUCCGCACACAAGGCAACACUUUCUACCGCUGCAGAACUCUGCUAAGAGUUCAAGUUUUUCCUAUCGGCACUAGCGUCCAUCAGCACAGGGGAAGUGUGCUGGGCGCCAUCUUAUCUCACACAGGGCCCCCACUCUGGGUUGCCUGGUGACUGCUGCUUGGAGCACGAUUUACCUGAGGGAAGAAAACCCACAAGAAUGGCUCUCCCCAUGUACCUUCCUUCUCCUCAGCCUCUGUUUGGGGGCGGGCAGUGUAGUCAACGGGACGCGAGUGGCACUGUGGGUUCAACCACAGAGCCUAGGACUUGCCGAUCAGAAGGUUGGCGGUUCGAAUCCCCGCGACGGGGUGAGCUCCCCUUGCUCGGUCCCUGCUCCUGCCAACCUAGCAGUUCAAAAGCAUAUCAGAGUGCAAGUAGAUAAAUGGGUACCGCUCCGGCGGGAAGGUAAACGGCGAUUCCGUGCGCUGCUCUGGUUCGCCAGAAGUGGCUUAGUCAUGCUGGCCACAUGACCCGGAAGCUGUACGCCGGCUCCCUUGGCCAAUAAAGCGAGAUGAGCUCUGCAACCCCAGAGUCGGUCAUGACUGAACCUAAUGGUCAGGGGUCCCGUUACCCUUUACCUUUUUUAAUGUAGUCAACAGCACCAAUCACAGCUGGGGAAUGGGGACAGGGAGAAGCGGGAGAGGGAGAGCUGACUAGUACACCAAUCCUGUUGCUUCUUGGCUGUGCCCAGUGCCAAUCAGCUGGCAGGGGACGCAGGGAGGAUGCUGAGAGCUCAAUGUACCAUUAGGGCAAGCUUAGGUCCCACAACUCUUUGUACAGAAGUUGCAGUGGGGCUGGGAGAAGAGUGAAUGUGUGGCUCUUAUUCCACCACAACAUGCAUACUUUAGGACUCAAAAAGGCCAACCAUUGCAAGUUUAACAUGAGCAUCUGAAUUGGUCCAAUAGACCCAACAAGAUAAACACUCAAAAUGGUGGGACUAAUAAAUUAUUGUCCCCCCACUAAGUGGGGUGUAUGUGUGGCUUAUUUAAUCCAAAAGCCCCUGAGAAAAAUGCACUACAGAUGCCCAUCCGGUGCUGCUCCCACAUUUCCAAUGACUUUUGCUCGCCCUUGGAAGCGGUUAACUCAAGCCGGGCUCAGAACAUUCCAGGAUUGCGGCCAAACGCUCCCACGUCCCGCCAUCGCCAGGCAUCCGGGGGUUAGCGUCAGGGUGCUCAAAAGGCUUCUGAAAUCCCUCUGUGUCAGGGCGCCCUGGGAUUUUGCUUCCGGUCAAGGCAAAGCAGGGAAAAUUCAGACACAGCAACAACCCUCUCACUUUUUAAAAAAUGCAUCACAGAGACGGUCCUCAGGCAGCCAGCUCUGAACGUGUAUCAGCAGGAAUAAACAAGGGAUUAGAAGGGAAGAGCCCCAGAAGUUUCACCCACAGAUAAUUUCUCCAAAAGGCACAGAAGCCAGGAGGUCCGGUAGAUUGUGUAUUUAAAGUGUUGCCCCACUUUUCAGCCGAAGGGACGGUCUCUGCCUUCGGCACGGUAGCAUUAAGGUUUUGUGCUUGAGCUUUCUUUUCUCUCUUCCCUCCCCUUCCCUUUUUCCUUGCAUGCUUUAUGAGAUUGUGAACAGGGGUGGGGUGGGGGGCAAGGAAGGGCCAUCUUUGAGCUCGUUUCGGAAGCUGCUCAGAGAAUCUUUUUGGCUGAAGCGGGGCAGGUUGGGCCGGGUGACCCCUUCCCCUCCUUGCAACACCAUCUUUACCUCUAUCCAAGGAGAGGUGCAGUUGCACUGCUAGAUUAACCGAUAGUCUGUCUCAUAAGACAGACUCUUGUUUGGGUAACUCAGUGGUAGGGCAUCUGUCUUGCAAGUGGAAGGUCCCAGGUUCAGUCCCUGGCACCUCCAGGUAUGGCUGGGAGAGGUCUCCUGUCUAAAACCAGGGUUUCCGAAACUUGGGUCGCCAGCUAUUAUUGGACUACAACUCCCAGACAUCCCCGACUACUGGUCCUGCUACCUAGGGAUGAUGGGUGUUGUAGUCCAAAAACAGCUGAAGACCCAAGUUUGGGGAAGCCUGAUGUAAACAAUACUGAGCUAGGCAGACCAGUUAUUUGACUCUGAAUGCGGUAGCUCCCUUUGUUCCUGUACCAGCCAACAGAAACUUAGCCCAGUCAUGAGACUCCCGUGAUCCUUUGGGAACAGAGUUGGCAUCUCAUUGCUCCCCUAGGGAGCCAUCAUCUUGGCACUUAACACAACAGAAAUGAAACCUGCUGUUUCAGAAUGAUUUGUUCACACACCAGCGGCUCGGAUUGGUUGCUGCACUGAAACUGGAAAGCUUUUCACUUUCUUCAGAGACAGAGGGGUGGUUGGUUUCUUGAUGUUAUAGCAGCAGCAGCAGCAGCAGCACAGGGAUCUCAAGGACUGCAAUGCUUUCCAAAAACCAGCCAUCUGACAGCUUCUUCUCUCGCCACAGCUGUGUGGAAAGCAGCAGAGCUUUAUGGGAAAGGUCAAACUGGCCUGGCUAGUUGGGAGGAAGGAGUGGGCGUGGGAGACGAGAAGGUCAGCGGAGGUGAAGGGAUUGGGAUUGCAAGUCCAAGGUGGAAGUGAGAGAGACAACACAAGAGAUUUUAGGGCAUGGUGCUCUUGUUGGACGGCUGUCCCACAUUCUGUUUUUCACUGCCAUUCAAAACAAACAAAAAACUAGAACAUUUUUUUCUGGGGGGGAUGUCAUUAGUUUUCAUAAAUAUGGUGAGCCUGCUGGUCAAGCCAACGGCCCAUCUAGUCCAGCAUCCUGUUCUCACAGUGGCUGACCAGAUGCCCAUUCUGGGAAACCUUCCAUCAGGAUCCGAGAACAAGAGGCCUCUCCCUCUUCUGUGGCUUCCGGCAACUGUUCAGAAGCAUUACAAGCACAGCCAUCAUGGCUAGUAUCUUGCGAUAGCCCUUUCCGCCGUGAAUUUAUCUAAUCCUCUUUUAAAGCCAUCCAACUUGGUGGACGUCUCCUGGGGGAGUGAGCUCCAUAGUUUAACACUGUGUUGCAUGAAGAUGGACUUUCAUUUAUCCUGAAUCUUUUAUUAUUCAGCUUCAUUGGAUGUUAAAAGAGAGGGAGAAAAACUUUCCACUUUCCCCACGACAUGCAUAAUGUUAUAAACUUCUAUUUCAUCGCUUCUUACUUGCAUUUUCUCUAAGCUAAAAAGUAUGAAAUGCCGCAGUCUUUCCUUGUAGGAGAGUUGCGCCAUCCUUUUCUGAAUCUUUUUCUGACUCAACAAUAUCUUUUUUUGAAUUGAGGCAACCAGAACUAUACACACUUUCCUUCCCUUUCCCUUUCCCUUUCGCUUCCCCUUCCCUGUCUGCUCUCAGUUGCUGUCAGUAACAUGAUUUAAAUUCUUCCCAGGAAUUUCCAUGUUUUCUCCUGAGCCUUACUUACUUACUUACUUGCUUGUUUAUUUACUUAUGACAUUCAAACUCUACCCUUUAGCCUGAAAACCCUCCGAGUGGCUUACAAAGUCCUGAGACUGCACUCAGGCUUGCAAUCUUUUUUAAAAAAAGACAUAGCACAUGAGGAAAAAGGAAGGGGAGGGAGAAGGAGAUAGCAAGCGCAAGCCUGAGUUCUUAGAAGUUACAGCCAAUUUCAGUGGCAGUUCUGGCUGUCUUGCUGCCUGCCCCCUUGAAACAUGCUUCCAUCCCAGAUCAGGUCCAGGAGCAGAGUCAGUGACAAUAUCCAGGCUAGGAAGGAGGGACAUCUCCUGCCAUUCCUGCUGUAUCCAUACAUGCUGGCAGUAGCUCUGGAAAGGGCCAGAGCUCAGUGGCAGAGCAGCUGCUUAUCCCCUGCAUUUCUGGACAGGGCUGCGAAGGACCCCUGUCUCAAAACCAUGGAGAUCUGCCACCAGUCACUGAGCCACCUGGACCCAAUAGUCUGACUUGGUGGAAGGCAGCUUCCUAUGUUAAGGAAAAGCCCUAGCUCAGUCAUAGAGCAUCCACUUUGCUUGCAGAAGGUCCAGUUCUCAGUGGUAUCUCCAGCUAAGGCUGGGGGCGGGGGAAGACUCCUGCCUGAAAGCCACUGCCAGUCACUGUGGACAGUCCUGAGCUAGGCAGCCCAAUGGCCUGACUGAGGACCAGCUGGCUUCCCAUGUUAUUCAUUACAUACGUAUUCUGUCCCUCUUCCAAGGAGAAAUCUAUUUUGUCCUAAUGACAAUCCUGUGAGAUAGGUUAGACCGAGGAAGAGUGCUGAGUGGAGAUUUGAACCUCUCUCUCCUGAGCAACACUCUUAACCACAGUGCCCCACCAGCAAAAUGUUUCUGUCUCCUCUGGCAUUGCAAAUUGCCCCAGAGCCUGUCUUCUAGAUUGUUUUAUACUCACUUGUUGUGGGGCCUCCAUUGCCUCUCCUCUUCCUUCCCAAGCAUCACUUCUCUUGCAGGUGCAUCAUUUCACCCCCGGCUGCAACAUUGGGUAGAUGGGACAAUUGUCCAUCCUGCCCAUUUCACUCCUUUCGUUUCUCUCUCUGAAAAUGGUAUUUCUUUACGUGGAAUGUGCUUUCUUCCCAGGUGAUCGAAGAGUGGGGACAAGGGAGUUCCUAUGCGCUGGAAGCGGCUGUCAUCACCUGUUCCUGCAUCUCUGUGAUGAUCAAAAGUGUCCUGUUCUGGGCGUUGUUCCAUGUCUACCACAGCUUUGGGCAAGGGCUGAGAGAAAGGAGUGAGUAUUGGAGGAGAUUAAUCCAGGGGGAGGAAAAACAAACGGACACGUACAUAGAAAAGCCCAGAGAAUUCAGGGAUUGAAGGCAAUGGGAGCAGGAUGGACCAAUCAUGCCCAGCUCAUGGGUUUCACUGGAGCAUCUGGCUGGGCAGAGUGAAAAGAACUUUAUCUCCCCCUGUCCAAAUUCAUAUUAAGCAGCUGGCAUGUAUUUAUUUGAAGCAUUUUACCCUGCUCUGCAGCUAGGGUGGAUGGGUGGGAGGAGAAGGCUCCCAGAGCAGUUUCCAAAACUCAGUAGUAAGAUAAGUCUUGCCCUCAGGCUUACAAUCUAAAAGGCACGACAGAAAAGGAAAAGGGAUUGGGAUUGGAAGGCAAAUUCAGGCUGGAGGUCUUACAGAGGUUUUAGUACUGAUUAGCUGGAAUGGACAUGGGUGGCGCUGUGGUUAAACCAGAGAGCCUAGGGUUUGCCGAUCAGAAGGUCGGUAGUUCGAAUCCCUGUGACGGGGUGAGCUCCCGUUGCUCGGUCCCUGCUCCUGCCAACCUAGCAGUUCGAAAGCACGUCAAAGUGCAAGUAGAUAAAUAGGUACCGCUCUGGUGGGAAGGUAAGCGGCAUUUUCGUGUGCUGCUCUGGUUCGCCAGAAGUGGCUUAGUCAUGCUGGCCACAUGACCCGGAAGUUGUACGCCGGCUCCCUCGGCCAAUAAAGCGAGAUGAGCGCCGCAACCCCAGAGUCGUCCGCGACUAGACCUAAUGGUCAGGGGCCCUUUACCCUUUUUAGCUGGAAUGGAAGAGAGUUCAAGGAGAAGUGGAGGAGUGAAACUUAUUACUAUUUAUUAAAUUUCUAUACCACCCUUCAUCCGAAGAUAACUGGACAGUUUACAAAAACAAUACCUUAAUAACAGAAACAAUAACCCCCUGUACAAAGGUUUAAAGGCCACAGAUUGUUUAAUUCGCCAAUUCCUGGGAGAAGAGGAAUGUUUUUGCCUGGCACCUAAGGAUAUGGAAUGAAGGUGUGAGGCGAGCCUCCUUGGGGAAAGCAUUCCACAAGUGGGGAGCCACCACAGAAGAGGCUCGUUCUCGUGUUGCUGCCCUCCAGACCUCUCGUGGAGGAGGCACAUGAAGAAAGGCCUCAGAUGAUGAGUGCAGAGUCUGGGUUGGUUCAUAUGGAGAGAGGCGGUCCUUGAGGUAUUGCAGUCCUGUGCCGUUUUAAGACUUUGUAGGUCAAAACCAGCACUUUUGAGUUGGGCCCAGAAACCAAAUGGCAGCCAGUGCAGUCAGUUGCUGGUCUCUCCACUGAAGUUGAUGCAGCAGCCCUGCUUCCCAUCUCUCUCCCUCUGAUGCAGCCUCCUGGAAUGGCUGGCAACAGAGAGGAACCUGAUGGAGCCAGCAGAGCUGAUGGAGAGAUUCUGCAGUGCUCUCUUCCUCACCCUCUGCUAUAGCCUGAUGGAAUGCUAGCUGCUCCUGGGCACUUGAGGAAGGAGCCUCAUUUAGCCCAUCCAAAUGAUGGAGACGGCAUGCUGAUUGAUAGAGAAGGCCACCAAUCAGCACAAAACACCCGGUGCAUUCGGUGUGCCUUCCCUGCAGCAUCAGUGUAGUGUGUAUUGCCAAAGUGGCUACAGAAGGAGCUGCCUAGCAUACUAAGAAAUGGCCAGCUAGCCAGGAUGACUUUGUGAUACCUCCACCGUCAGAGGCAGUAUGCCUCUGAAUCCCAGUUGCCUGGGAAUUGCAAGUAGGGAGAGUCGCUGUUGCACUCUUGCUGGUGGGCUUCCCAUUGAGCCACUGUGAGAACAGGAUGCCGAAGCAGAUGAGCCACUGGCCUGAUCCAGCAGGCUCUUUUAACGUUCUUUUAAAAAUGGUGAGAUUCUUCCUAUCAUUUACCGCGACUCCUUUCCCCACCUCUGCAGUGUUUUCUUCCUAUGGAAGGAUUGACUCGUGAAGCACGAUGCCUUCUCCGGGUGCGAGGCAGCACUCUUACAAAGUGAAGGUGUGCUGCGGGAGAUCAGCUCCCUGCUCCGACCCAAGAAAGUGGGGCUCCGAAAGGCAGGUCGUAGCAGGAGCAGCUUGCCCACAGUUCAACAGAAGAUGUUUGCACAACCCUCCACCUCCUGGGGCUUGCUGCGGGAACUCUGCUCCAUCAAGUUUGAGUCCUUUUGCCAAACAGCUCCUGCAUGCAGCAACCCUGUCAAGAUUCCUCCGGUGUGUUUGUUUGUUUACGCUAGAUACCACUUCACCCAUUACCCCGCCUUCGAAACAGCUGCCACGACGACCCCCUCCUGCCGUGGCUUGCCUCCCAAGGGUGAGUGUUGCCAACGGACCAUUCAUUUGGUGCUUUCUUCCUCAAGCGCAAUCCUACACCUAGAUUAGCUUUGGGCAUUGCAAACCUGGCGGGGAGGGCCUAAGUGACAGCCCCAGCACUGUACGCCCUCAUUUGCCGUAUUUCACUGCCGAGAGCCUCAUCCUGGCAAAUGAGGAGCUGACAAUCCUCCAAAGUUUUAUCUGUUUUAAGAUGACAGCCCCAUCCAGUGAAAUUUAUGCCUCCCACAUAAGAACCAAAGAUUAGAAAUCUAGCAGAAGAAAACCAGAGGCAGCUUGAUGCUUUCGUGGGCUACUUAAAAAGUUGUGCGAGGACCACAUGCAGCCUUUGGGACGCACCACCUCUAGAUGUUCUGGACUGCAGUUCCCAUCAGCACCAGGCACCGCUGGCUGGGGCUGAUGGGAGUUGUAGUCCAAAACAUCUCAUGGGCACAAGCUCAGCAAAGGCCGCUCGAAACCCAGCGCCUCUGCGGUUGCAAAGCCAUCUUGCCUGCCAUUAACCCAAAUCCAAAUGGGUGUGUUUGGUUUGAAACUGGAAAUAGGGCUCAAACUGCAGAACCACCGUGACCCCUCUGGCCAGCCCCAUCUAGCCUAUAACCUAUAGCCCUGGUACUCAAGUACUGAUGUUGGUGUGUGCUGAAGUUACCUGCUGGCUUCCGUGCUGCUGAAGACCUUCACAGUGGCAAGACACACUGUUUUUACGUGUCUUGGCACUCUUGGCCUCUGGUCCCAACCCUUUGGUGGAUGGUCGAGGGCCUGAGAAACAGGAGAGCCUCAAGUUCCAGUUUUGCCCCAGGAAGAGUGGCUGAUUCAGCACCAUCAGAAUGGUUGAAGAUUUGGGGCAAAGGGAAGGCACCUUCCCCAAAGGUUGCAUGGAGAAGGGCUGCCCCCCACCCCAGCCAACUCCAGAAUCUGACUCCAAGGAGUAUGUCUGUGCCUUAAAACAGGAGAGAGAUUCAGACAGGCAUGAGGAAUCUGUGGCUCCCCAGAUGUUGCUGCCCAGUGCCUACCAUCCCUGACCACCAGCAUCUGGAAGGUGGCACUAAAGCUGCUGUGUGGGGAAGCUCUGGCCCACCAGCUGUGCCGAACUCCCGGCUCCCAUCAGCACCAGCUUGAAUGUCCAGUGGGAGUUGUAGUUCAGCAAACAACCAGAGGCUUCCCCACACACCUGCACCAAAGCAAGGGGUGAGCAGCUUGUGGCAAUUCCCCAUAUGUUCAACUAUAGCUCCCAACAUUCCUGACUGUUGGCUGGGGCUAUUGAGUGUUGCAAGAACACUGGGGGGGGGGGGGCGGGUCCCACAGGCUCCUCCAUGCCUUUGCUAAUCCUACCCCACCCUGGAAAUGCUCGGCCUACAGCACUUUGGGGAGAGCUCUCCUUCCACACGGGGCUCUCAAGAAAACUGGAGCAGCAUGGCCAGCUUGACGCUGGCCCCAGUCUUCCUGUUGGCUUAAUAGGCCCCCCUAGAGGCCCUUGUGGGCUUGUCUACCCCACUUUCCUCAAAAAGACAGCUGAACACACAUCAACCCUCAGCGAUGGGAGUCUGCCGCUUUGUUCCAUGGAACAAAACCUGCAGUGCUACAAAGGGAAGGUAGACCUUCCCCAAGCCCCACGGAGGCACAGGCUGUUUUUUUGCCCGUUUAGGGAAACCAUGCAUCCAGAGCUGGGUGUCUUGGUGCCUGCGAGAUGCUUUGCCUUGGAAGCCUUUGUUUCAAGGACAGCCUUUGCCAACCUGGUUCCCUCCAGAUGUUCUGGCCUACAAACCCCAGCUGUGCUGGCUGGGGCUGAUAGGAGUUGUAGCCCUGAAUAUUUGGAAGGCACCAAGUUGUGUGUGUGUCUGUGGGACACUUUCCUUGAAGCUGCCCACAAGCUGCUUGGACAGUGCUUCCACCUCCCACUUGCUAAAGCUUCAGCAGUUUGCUUCUGUCGGUAUUCGUGUGGCUGACUUCUUGCUAAAUCCCAAAUAAUUUCUCUGCCUCCUAACCUGAUUUCUUCCCCUCACACCCUAAAUUAUUAUUUUGGUCCUAAUUUUUCAAACUAACCAAGCCUAUGUGAGUGUCUUAACUGAUGCGCUUUUCAACAGCAGUGAGGGUGGUUUUUUUUAAUUAAGGAAAAAGAAUGUUUAAUACAGUAAUUCAAAGCUUUGUUAAUUUAUUAAGAGGUUUGUUACUGGCCUUGUAUUUUUCAAUAAAGUGUCAAUGCCACCAA